CCUCAGUGAAGUUAAAGGUGUAAUCUCCUCCUUCAGGAUUCAAACCAGACACGUGCUGACAGCGAGGAUGUUUUCAUGCAGAAGGCUGCAGCACGGAUGACUCGGACUGGGCUGUAUGGGAUACAACGGCGUAACACAGAUAGAAGCAGGAGGAGAAGCUAAUUCGUCACACUUCCCUGAGCCAAAUCCCACACAGACCUGCAGACGGCUAGGACGUCCCUGUUAGACAACAGCCUGUACAAGUCUUUCUCCAUGAGCAGCAGUAACGUUAACAGAGGCAGCCGGUUCGGGAACGGGACAGUGGAAGAGGUCAAAGGUCUCACCAGACCGUCCGUGAGACCUGUACGGGUGGUCAGGCCAGUCAGCGCCAUCAGCUCCAAUGGCUCCUUCCUCCAGAUCAACCAUCUGCAAGGAGAGCUGGUCAGAAAGAGGAAGGAAUGCGAGGAUCUGAGAAAAGAAAACAAGUACUUAUCAAAUGAGAUCCAUAUCGAGAGGAUCACAAUGCGCACAGAGAAUGAGCUGACCAUGAGGAACCUCAGGAAUCUGAACCAGGAGCUGCAGGUUCAAGUCAAAGAGCUCAAACAGAAGCUGUAUCAGAGCCAGCAGAGAGCAACGUUGUGCUCACGAGCUGCAAGUGUGGCGGAGGAGUCCAGAGGAGAUGCAGAGAAGAGCAGGGCACUAGCUGAAGCUCGGGCCCUUGGGUGUCAGAGGGACAAAGAGGUGGCAGAGGCAGACAGGAGCCGCCUGAGUGAAGAACUACAGCAGCUUAAAAAAGAACACACUGAUAUGCAGGUUUUACUAGCGCAAACAGAGAAGAGUUAUUUUGAAACCAAGCUGAAGCUGGAUCGGGUGUCUGGGGAGAAACAGGCCCUGCUGCAAGAGAACAGGAGCCUGGAGGGAGACAGAGAUGACCUCCGACAAAAGCUGAGACAGAUAACAGAGGAAAAUGUCCAAAUUAAAGAGAGUGAGAUGAAUUUGAGGCGCAGGGCGAUAGCAUCGGAGGAGGAAAGCAAAAAGGCAAAUCAGGCUCAGCGGGAGGCCGAGGCCGAGAGGCGUCUGGCUGAGAAGGAGAGGCAGGAGAGAACAGCCGAGUGUCUCAGCUGGAGGGAGAAGCACCAGGACUUAUCCAACAAGUUCAGAGCUCAGGAGGACCUGAAGGCCCUGAGGCAGAACAAAGCAUGUCAAGCCAACAUCAAGAGUUAUUUCCUCUGCAUGACAGAAAGCGACCAGAGGGUUAAAAUUCUCAAAAACCAAGAUGGCAACCCAAGAAACUUCACAGAGGGAGACCCCGUGUUCAUCUCCACUCCUGAGUCCAGUCCUGACGAGCCUGAACGGAGUUCAUCCAGGACCAUGUUGAGGGUCUCUGCCCCACAAAUGGGGAGGGAUCUGGGUCCGAGUCACUUUGAUGAGCUGCCCGCCUUCGGAGGAGAGCGACCUGACUCUGCCCCUCUACGCAGAAGCAGAAAGGUGGUCGAAUACUUCUGGAUCCCUACAGACCAGGAAUAGACAGCAAUUAAAAGGUGAAACCUGCUUUGCUUGGUCAUGACAGCAGGUGGAGGAGACUUUUCGCAGGUCUUGAGUAUUAGUCAGAGGAAACGAUUUUGUUGGGCGAAAAGCUGAGAUGACAUGACAGACUCCCUCCAAACAUGCCAG